AAUUUGUUGUUAAAAGAAAGUGGAAUGCUUUUAGUACUAGUACUGUUUUAAAUAAGUUUAAUGAUUCCAAAACUUAUUUUGACAAUAUUUGCAAUCCUACAAAAGAAAAUAAACGGCCAAUAUUAUCCAGUCUCAUGUUUCGAGAAAUUACCAAAAAUUUCGAUGGAUCUAAUAGUAGAAAAUUAACAGAACAAGACCAAAGUGUUACCAUAAUAAGAGUUGUUGAUAAAUUUAUUGGCUUUUUUAAACAAGAAGACUUUGGUAUCGUUAAAAUAUUUACUGAACAUCCUACCGUAUUUAAUACAGCUGUUCUCGUAAACGUACUUCAAGGAUUUAAUGAGUUAGUAAAUACAGGUGUUAAAAAGGUUGUUCUUGAUUUAUCUGACAAUUUGGGUGGACUAUACUUUGUCGUCCUAUUUAUCAAUUUACUCUUAUUUCCUAAUACUUAUCCUACCUUUGUCUUUGAUCUGAGAAUUACUGAACAAAUGAAACUUGCAGUUACUGAACAAUUUCGACUUGCGACUUCAAAUAAUAUUUUCAACAUAAAAGGAUUUGUUAAUGCAAAUACUCAUGCCAAUUUUACAAGUGCUGAUGACUUCUUUGGUAAUAAUGUUCAUACACGUGGUGGUGUUGUGGAGAAUUAUUCAAAUAAAUAUACUAUAAGCGAUAUUGGAAUUAAUGAGCUUAGUCAAUUGAUUAAACAAAACUUAGCAAAUCCCCUUCCUUGGAAACCUGAAGAUUACAUUAUUUUAACUAAUGGUUUAUGUGGCUCUGCAUGCGCCCAUAUCACUGAACAUGCUGCUGAAUUUAAUAAUGUGACUACCGUUGCAGUUGGAGGGAUUUUUAGCAAUCCUUUAUUAUCUUAUUCUUCAUUUCCUGGUGGUUUUGUUCGUAAUUCAACUGAGAUAUUUAAUUCCUUAGGUAAAUUAAAUUUAUUAAAUAAUACUUUAAUGCCUAAACCUUUUCCCCUGAGUGGAAUGUUCGCUACUUUACCUUUGAAUGAGGCGUAUAGUAAAAUAAAUCCUGAUGAAAUCUUGGAAUAUGCAUUUAGACCUGCUGAUUUUAGAAUAUUGUAUGAUGAAAAAAAUAUUAGAAACGCUUCUAUUUUAUGGUCUCAAGCUGCUGCUUUGAUUGGAAAAAAAA